GUGCAAGAUCUGAUGCAGAAGGACGCAUUGUACGAUAUUUAGACAACGGUGAGGCAACGAGGCAUUCAUGUCAUUUCAGGGUCUAGACCAAAGCUAUGGAUUUGAUCACGUUGCCUACGACGCUGCGCGAACUUGAAGUUGUGCAGGGCGCAGCGAAGAGGUUUGGCGGAAGUUUCGAGGCCGAGGUUGUGAGACGAGCGCUUAGGAAAGCCUUAUUAACCUGGCUGGGUUCCCGAGUCACCCUCACUACACUCUUCUUUCAUCCUAGCAACAUGCUUGAACAUUCGAUGGAAUAUAUCAUCAAUCAUGUGUUUUUCCCCCUCAAAUUACCACAAGCAAGCGACCAUACCCUUGAGAACGAGCUGGCCUUAUCUCGGGCGGUAUUGGAUGCUGCUCAAGCUUUCAACGAACAGCUACCGUCCGACAAGCAACAGCUUUGGGCGAGCAGCUUUAAAAUGCUUCAGAACCUUCAACAUUCAAUCAGAUUCAGCGCCAUGUCCCUUAAAGAAGUUCAAACUCAGAUCAAUGCCAUGAACGACAAAGACGUCUUAGUAUUUAUGAUUCGCGCGCAAAAUGCUGCGGUGGUCAUGAGAAAAUUUGAAUCUGAAACCAUAUUCGAAUCGUUCGAGAUCUCUCCUGACCCCGCCGCAGUGAUGGGCGCAAAGGGAAAGCUGAUCUGUUCGUAUCCUGGACCUGCUAUCACGGUUCCAGACACAAUUGUCAAUGACGCUACCUUUCCUGCUGCGCUGGCGAAUUUUCUCGUUCGCAUGGAUCAUGAUGUCCUUGAUGCGGCAGCGACGAGGAAAAAAGCUGAUUCCACUGUUCCUGAAGAGAGGGAUACAACUCAUCCCCGGUAUAUCACCGAACUCCUGACUGGUAUACUCCGUGGCAUUGGGAGCAUUGCUGAUGUUCCUCGCAUCCGCAAACGCAUCGGAGAUGACGUGCUGUGGAACAACGCGAAAUUGCCAUGGAGGCGGUCUCCGCUUUGGCUUGUCAUUCGCGUUGCUUUACAGACGACUCUGGAGCGCAACGCUCUCGGACGAACGACCUAUAAAUCAUUCUUAUUGUUCUUGAUGGCUAGGGUCACAACCCUCGCUAUCGAUAAUAACUUGUCGAAUGACAUCCUACACUUCAUGUCGGCAAAGAUCGCACGCCGUCUUUUCAAGCUUGGAACCUCUGCUUCUCCAGAGUUAUCACGUAUGGUCGUCAGGGUCACGAGUGGAGUUAAGAGUAUCCUAGAGGGAAGAUGGAAAUCUGUUCAAGACGUGCAACAGACCUCACCUCAUUGGGCUCCCAAGACCCUCUCGGUCUUGAAGGAUACCCACCUUUCCUUGAACACGAGUCGAGAAUACAUAUGCCAAGCUUUGCUGAACCAGCAUCCGUCUUCCACAUCAGCCCCUUUCGAACCCAGCCACCGCGCACGCGGCACAAUUGAUGAUUUCCUUGACGCUGAUGCUAGCUUCCUGAUAGCUGCUCAUGCUGCAGAACCAUCCCUUUCCUUAAUCGACUUCGAGACGGUCGUCAGAUCAGGCAUUGAUGACUGGGUAGCGCGUAUCUCACUUCAGAGCAUCGAUUCCGCUUGUAUCUCGAUUGAGGCAUGUGCCUCCGCAUACUCCUCGCGAGCGCUGGAAAAUUACAAAGGAAACCCGGAGAAUACGUCAAUCAUGCUUCUUACUCUUUUCGAACUCUGGGUAGCGAUGGACAAGAUUGUUGUUAAACAAAUCCCCCUCCUGGCAAACUAUCCUCCUGAAGUCCCAUCGACCCUUUGGAUGAAUCUCCUGAUCCGACAAUCCUCAGCCCUUGAUCGUUUAAAGAAGUUGUGCGCCUACUUGGAAGAACGUGAUUUCCGGGCUUCCGACCAUCUGUCGGUACUCUCGUCCACCGACAAUAACAGAUCGUUCGCAGUGCAGUAUUUUUACAAGACACCCAUGUUGCAAGAUUUGAAGCGGAAAAUCGAGACAGAUGCUCAGGAGGAGCGGGAGAAGAAGUUGGCUGAGCUUCGGACCCUCAACGAGAAGUACACUGAGCUCCAGAAGAGCGCAGCAAGCUCAUCACAUGAAUACCGUGUCAGCUCCUGGGGUAAUGAGUACCACUAUCGGUGGUGUGACAAAUGUGACCUAGAGCAGCGGAUGCGAUCCAUGACCAUUGCAGUUCACGAGUGGCCACUACCGCGGUAUGAACAGCAAGCGAUUAUGGUUGUGUUCGAGCUAGCAUGCCCCAUCGCGUUUGACAUGUGGAGAUCUUUGACAUUCCAUGUUCUCGUUGACAUCUGCACUCCAGAACAGAUUUUGCCCACUCCCCCCUUCAUCACGCUGCCUAAUUAUGGCGCCUUACAGCAAUACCGCAAAUGUCAUCCAAGACAAAGGCUGACUUUGGCGUCAGAAGCCAAACCCUUCGCUGCGUGUCAUUACCAUUACCAAAAUAUUCCCACGCAUGCCGACCUCAUCUGUGUGAACAACGGUCUCGUAUAUCAACCUUUUGAUAUAACCAAAGAUGCAUGGAUAGCCGACGCACUGCUGCACUGGAAUUCUAGUAAACUCUGCACUUUCACUCUUCCAAAGGGGCCAUACUAUGAUCUGCAGCAUUACCUCGCAGGAACGUCGCACACCUCAAAUGAGGUCAUCGCCAACCAGGCAGAUUGUCACAAGGACCUGACCAUUCACGAAUUCAUCGCUUUCGGAGUCUUACGAAGUGGACCAUUACUGCAAUGGAUGAAUGUGCUACGUGAACUCCGUGCGAGGACACUCAAUUUUCGAUGCGAAGAAGUCCAUCUAUUAUUCGCGCAAGCCGUCUCACAAGUUGGCCCACUUUCCAAGUCAUCUGAUGAGAGCCUUCCGUGGCACGAGGAGCUGAAUAGCAUACCAUUCCUUAGCGCACUGCUCGGAGAGCUGGAGUCCUUGAUUGCGAACGUCGUAGAAAAUUGGCUGGAAGGUGUCACGAUAAGCACUAUCAUCAUGACUGUGUGCCGUGUCUUGUUCUCGACACAGGAAGAGAGUAUCAAAAGUCGGGGAUAUUUGUUGCUUCGGAGGAUACGAACAGCGACCUUUACGUUUCUGGGGCAGCUUUCACAGAAAAUACAAGCCAGUGACGACGAGAAGGCCAGUCGGGAUUUGCAAGGACGACUUCGUGAUAUGGCCGCCACCUGUCGAAGCACCUUUCAUGUUGAUGAAGAUCCUUCGCUACUCUUGAUAUCAAAUGACGACAUCAAGGUAUUUGUGUACUGCGGGGUCAUGAUUUACGACAAUACUCCAAGCCACCUGGACAAUCUAUCACAACAUUCCAAGCUACUACUAGAACGAGACAAGAGAUGCUGCCACGCAUUAGAAGCCGCUGUUCGUCAAUAUGUAGAGAAUCACAGGGAGGGUCUCGAUUCUGCGGUGAAAGCAAUCUGGGGCAGCUACAGACGAGGAACUUCUUGGAAUGCCCUGCCGGCUCCGUGUUCUCGUUGGUUUGUGACGAAGACGGCACCUUCUGGUUCUCAGUCACCGCAAUCUGUGCAUUAUAACUUAAUUGAUGGGUGUUUGCUCGUUGAUGGGAAGCGGCUGGGUAGGCUUCCAUCGACUAUCGUGCAACAUCCCACAUAUCAGGCAAUUUUCGGUGAUCAAGUUCUGGACAUUGUUCCAGCUGAUAUUUCUGGAAUGGAGUAUGCGACACGCGGGAACCCUUAUGGCUAUCAGGUGUCUUUUGCUCUCCGCGACUCAAACGACCUCAUUAUUCGUGCGAAGCAUAUCAAACAAGACUCGCCUAACCUUCAACUCAUUCCGAGCCAGAAAUUUGUGGGGGACCUACCGACGACCUUGAUAGAAAACCAUACUCAUUGGCUUAACCUGGACGCAUACAAAAUAGAGAUUCGGCCAGCAGAACGUGCGUGGCAGUCUUCACGUGACAAUUGGGUCCUGGAAUUUGCUGUUUCGGGCCCCUCGACGCUGCAGAAUGCCAGCGGUGCCACUCUGCUCGACAUACGUAGCCCCACGUGGGACAUGAUCUCCAAGAGAAUGCGUCCCCUGGAAGACGCCUGCCACAUGAUGUCCGUUGGGGUCAUUGACCCUAUGUUGGACGUGUUUCGUCAUGUGCAUGUUUUUUCUUUAUGGGACGAGGCAAGUGCUGAUUUACCCCGGUAUGGUCUGGAAUUCUUCGUCGACGAGGAUGGGGAACUGCAGUCCCGUAACAUGCGCAACAUGGUCGUUGAUGGCAUUCAGUCUACUGGAACGAUGUUGGGAUUGGUCAAUCAACUUGUUAUGCGUCCGAAGUCGCAAACCAUGGAUGAGCAUCCCCGUACUGUCAUCAUCCCAUAUGGUCGUAUCUCAUACGCUGUUAAUGAGCAUCACGUCCAGGUUACCAUUACGAGUAAAGGCCCCCGAGUGGAGUAUCACUUGUACAGGGUUGAUACAGAUCUAUGCUGUCUUACUGGGCGUGUAGGUCUGACGAACAAGCUCUAUCAAGCACUUCUCCACGCUAUUACUAGCGGCUGUCUUCCUGAUCCCCUGACGGGUCGAACAGGAACAGAGGAAGCGUUGCAUCUCAUGCAUUCUGCGGCUUGCCGGUCUUUUAUGAAGCUUCACCCUCGCGAUAUAUAUCUUUUGCGCGAGAUCAGUUCGUUGUCAACUAUGCGCGUAUGGUAUCCCACACAUCUUCAGAAGAUGCAGACAGUCUCAUGGUCGUGUCUUUCAUCCCUCGCACAACACCACGGCUUCCAUCCAGCUGCAAAAUCUAUUAUGGAGUACGGCAAGCAACUUGCAACUUUCUCCGAAGGAUCUUCAGACCUUGAUGUUACAUUUCAUCUUCCUCCAUUCACCAACCACCUUCUCGAGCGUGCAUCCAUCCGUGCCUCUGCGGUCUACCCUAAUCAGUUUUCUCUUCCAAUUCUGCUCAGUGACACAGAUGUCGUCUAUGCUUCACGUGAUGUACCCGAUAAAAAUGCAGAAGAGAGGGCGUUUAAUACUGCCUUCAUGACACUCCAGUGGCCACACAAGCUUCCGGUGCGACAGGAUAUCCUCAGUUUGUUGACUCAGUGGAAGAGCGUCCAGGGCAUUGGUGAACCAUCGUUCAGCUUGCAAUAUUCCAAAUCUUGGCUUCGGCCAUUCCACCACAUCUUCCUUUCUGCAUAUGGCCACUGUCGCACUGCUACGAAGGACGAUACAUUUCAGCUCGUCUUCACCCUAGCUUCAGUGUCGUAUGGCUUGUUGGAUGAGCAUGCACUCGUCCCAACACUCCUAGCCUUCGCUACUGUUCCCAAAAUUCGCACCCUGGGUGACCCACCGGAGUUUGUGUCAUAUGAUCUCUCGGAUGGUUUUAUGCCUUCCAGUGCAGUGUUGGACAGCAUCAUCAGUUCGUGUGUCAAAGAUUAUGAGACCAGCCAAGAGAGAUACCUACCUGCAGGGAGAGGGGAAGAUGAACAGGCUCUUGGGAGGCGUCGUUAUUCAGCUUUUGAAGAUAGGCGUCGUUCUGAAAAGGAUCUCAUUCUUCAUAAAGUUCAGGAUGCUUGGCCGCGCGAAAAUCCUCCGGCUCUGAAUAUGCUGCAAGCGAACUGCUACGAUCUCAACAAACUGUCGGGGGAACUUCGCCCACUAUACCGCAGCUGUUGGGCAAACCAUUGUCUGAAGCAACACUUAGAUGCCCUGCAAGAGACCCUCAACUCGUUCCAUGCCACUCAUGCCCCGUCAAAACUACCCUCACAAUACGAUCUUGAUCCCCACCUUCAAAGCUCGGCUGUUGCUUCACCAGCCUCAUUCGUCGAUGCCAAUCACCUCUUCGCUAGAAAUCCGGCUGUUAUGUGCAUGAAUGGGUCUUCCUAUGUUCUGCCCAAUUCCGGUCAGAGAGAUUUGGUAUCUCCAGACACCAUAGUCACAGCGAAGUUGCAACAGCUUAUCAACGGCUUUCGCGACCGAGCAAGCAACAAGUUCCGCCGUAACUACGCCAAUGAUCUGGACCAGAGCAGACUGGUGUUUUGCGAAGAAAAGAUUGUUGCCUUACCAGAUCCUGCACCAUACACGAUGGAAGUAUUGCGAGAGUACCAUUCUCUUCAUCGCCGGCAAUUCCAAGAUGCACUCGAAUCUAUCGUACGCAUCCUCUCCCCUGUCUCUCCCGCCGAGAAUGCGUUAUACAAUGCUGGGUUGUGGCCUCGAGUCACCCCAAAUCUCCUCUUCGCUCGCAUGGCUUCUGCAUCAGGAUGUCAUCUGGAGACGGAGUGGCGUACGGCUCUUGUCUCCCUGUCACAGAUGCUAUUACGACUGCAACGCUCGAGAAGGCUGUUCAUAUUUGCCGCUAGUAAGAACUGGGGCGAGUUUUUCAAGGAAUUGGACAAUGAAGAAUGCGAGCGAUCUGAUUCGGAGCUGUACCCUGAUUGGCUUCUCAUACAGAUUGAGAGUCAGUUCUUGGCACGGCCUGUUCAAAUGAAGGUUGCGCGGGAGAUGAUAUCACCCCACGAAGGGCGAAAUACUUCUCUCCAACUGAACAUGGGCGAAGGGAAAUCCUAUGUGAUCGUUCCUCUCGCAGCAGCCGCGCUUUCCGACGGCCAUAAACUGGUUCGAGUAAUCGUGCCGAAGUCGUUGUCUACUCAAAUGUUCCAGCUCCUGGUUGAACGACUAAGCGGCCUUACGCAGAGGCGCAUUUUCUAUAUUCCAUUUUCCCGCGCUCUUGACAUCGACUCAUCGAAGGUGCAAAUGUAUCGUGACCUGAUGCAAGAAUGCAUGGACACCAAGGGCAUCUUGCUCGUGCAACCAGAUCAUAUCCUGUCGUUCCAGUUGAUGGCCGUUGAGCGUCAGCUACCCCCUCAGUCUGAAGCUGCUGAAGAUAUACUGCAGACCCAGCUGUGGCUCGAUGAUCAUACACGCGAUAUCCUAGACGAAAGUGAUGAAAUUUUACACGUUCGCUACCAACUGGUGUACACCGUCGGCCUCCAAAGGUCGCUUCAGGGGCAUCCUGACAGGUGGACGACUACACAACAAGUGUUGAGUCUUGUCGCAAAACACGCUACUCGGCUCAUCAGUAAAUUUCCCUAUCACUCCGAAGUGUCUAUUCGCAAGCACGGAGCAUUCCCCUUCAUUCGAGUUCUGCACCCCACAGCAGGCGAAGAACUGGUCCAAUGGAUCGCACAAGAUGUCAUUUACAGCGGGGCACUUGAAAACAUCAGCUUCGAUCAAGCUCCUGACCACAUCAAACAAGCAGUCCACCAGUUCAUUGCAACUGAGAAUGUAUCCAACAUUGAUAUCGGCUUGGUGAUGGAGCGCUAUAGAGACACUACUGUCUGGCCCGGUCUUCUAGUUUUGCGUGGACUACUGGCAUGUGGUGUCUUGGUGUAUGCCCUCAGGGAACGUCGCUGGCGCGUGGACUAUGGCCUUGCCCCCCAACGAACGAUGUUAGCUGUUCCAUUCCGUGCUAAAGACAUGCCCUCGCUGCGGGCAGAAUUUGGCCAUCCAGAUGUUGCUGUCACUCUUACGUCCCUAUCAUACUACUAUGCGGGCCUCACACUCCAGCAGUUGAUGUUAUGCUUCGAGCUCCUGCUGAAGCAGGACAAUCCUGCUCUCGAGUAUGAAUCCUGGGUAAUUGGACUUCCCUCCGUCCCAGAAAGUCUACGGCGCCUUAACGGAAUCAACACGGAAUCCACAGACCAGCUAAAUGACCUUCGGCAAUUGUUCGCAACCAACAAGGCAGUCAUAGAUUUUUAUCUGUCUCGAGUUGUUUUCCCCAAGGAAGCCAAGGGCUUCCCCAGUAAGCUCACCUGUUCCGGAUGGGAUCUUGCCCAAGAAAAGAAUCAUCUCACAACCGGCUUUUCUGGCACAAAUGACAACCGAUAUCUGCUACCAAGCUCAAUUGUGCAGCGCGACCUUGACUACCAACGCAGCACGAAUGCUCGAGUCCUAGCCUUUCUUCUGCGCCUGGAAAAUGAUCACUACGAAGGCAUACCACCCGGCCAAAGCGUGCAUAACUUCAUUAAUACUCUCGUCAAAAAAACCCCCGAGGUCCGCGUGCUCCUAGAUGUGGGGGCGCAGAUGCUGGAAUUGAGGAAUAAAGAGUUGGCCGAAGCAUGGCUUAGAGCCACUUCCAACGCCAAGGCUGCAGUCUUCGUGAAUGACGACGAUGAACUCGUUGUUGUCAGUCUGGAUGGGAGGAUCGAGCCCCUUGUAUCGUCCCCUUUCGCACAGCAGCUUGACCAAUGCGUAGUAUAUUUAGACGAUGCCCAUACGAGGGGAACAGACGUCAAGCUGCCUCACGGUUUCCGAGCUGCUGUCACGCUUGGCCCCAAAGUUACGAAGGAUCGCCUAAUGCAAGGAUGUAUGCGGAUGCGCAAGCUGGGCCAUGGGCAAUCAGUAAUGUUCUUCGCUCCAGCUGAAAUUGACCGGAGCAUUCGUUCGGCAGCUCAGAAAGCUGAUGACGACCCUGUCAAUGUGUCAGAUAUCUUGCACUGGGCGAUGCUUGAAACUUCCAAUGAUAUUGAGAUGCGCACACUGUCCUGGAUCCAACAACGAUCAGAUUUCAAUACACGGCAUUCCGCAUGGACUCAAUUGUCGCACACCUCUACCACUUCAAUUUCUACCCUAGAGACAGCCUGGUUGCAACCAGAGGAACGUUCAUUGGAGGAAUUGUACGCGCCGCACAGUUCUUCUCGGGCAUCGCAGGGUUUCGAUUCAGACAUCCAAAGGAAGUGCGAGGAGCUCGGAAUUCUAUCAGCUCACAAAAGGAGCAUGGACGAGGAACAAGAAAGGGAGGUGAUCCAUGAGGUAGAGAGAGAACGUCAAGUGGAAAGACCCCCCAAGGUCGAACCUGCAAAGCCGAACAUGCAUGCACACGUUCGUCAAUUCGUGAAGUUUGGCCGGAUUGCCGCAGAUUCUCCCGCGUUCAUUCAAGUGCUAUCCAGCCUUGUUGACACUACCGCCGAAUUUUAUGAGCGCGAUCAGUGGGCACACAAUGUUUUAGUCACCCGCGACUUCGCUCAUACGGUUAGCUCUGGUACCCAAAAAGUGGAUGAUUAUCUGCGGCCCGUCAACUGGAUUGUAUCCAGUAACGUUGGCCACCCAAUGCUGGUAAUCAUGAACCCGGAUGAAGUGAACGAACUACUACCUGAUAUCCGCACGAGCAAGGUAGUUCACCUGUGUGUUUACACUCCUCGCAUCAUACAAACGAUGCAGGCAUGCGACAACCUUCGACUCUAUUGUGUUCCUUCGGCCCCACGGUUGACACCAUCGCAACCGCUGAUUUGCCAGCUCAAUCUUUUUGCGGCCCAACUCUAUUUCUCCGAUUACGACAUGUAUCUGCACACUUGCAGCUUCUUAGGACUCAAUGCGCCGGAUUUGAAGGGAGAGGACUUGGUAGCCGACAACGAUGGGUUCAUCAAGAUAGACAAUCGCCCUUCUGCGAGAGCAUCAUGCAUGUUCAAGCGAUCCCAGCUUCCUCCACUGAAGGAGUUGUUCGGGAUGAGAAGGAAAGGCAUGGGGUAUCUACCAACUCAUCUCGGAAAGAUGCUCAACGGCCGCAUUCUGACUGAGAAGGACUUUCUCGAAUGAACGCCAGGUCUAUUCACAACUAAACACGGCACCAAAACUGACCUCCGAGUCAAUGUAAUAUUAGCGUCUGUAAUGUUCUCUGUAAAUGUAGUCGAAUCUGAGGAGCUCUUGUGUGUU